AAGGGAGGGAAAGAAGGAAGGGAAGAGUGAGAGAAAGAAAAAGGAAGGAAAGAAAGAGAAGGAUGGAAGGAAGAAAGAAAAAGAAAGAGAGAAAGAGAGAAAGAAAGAAAGAAAACAAGAGAAAGGCAACAAGACUUAAAGUAACUUUAUUAUCACUUUAAAUGUACACUUAAUCGGCAUACAUUAAAAUGAAAUUUCAUCGCAUGCAGCUCUCCAAGGGUCACCACCUCCAAUAUACCCUACAUAAACAUGACCAACAAACGAAAUAAAUAAAUUAAAAAAACAACAACAUGAAGACGCAGCAGAAAAGAAACCGGGACCUAGUCAUGCCAGGCUGGUGGGCAAAGGGGCCAAAGCUCUUAGUGCCCACCUCCCUUGGCAAGAUGCAGUUUGGGACAGUGACUUCAGACUUCCCCCAAUGAUCAGGAGAUUACAUCACAAACUAAGCAAAUUAGGGGGGUUUUUUGGGGGGGCUGGCUGCCCCAGUUCCCCACCCCAGCAAAGCCCUUGGCAUUUUAAAAAUCCAUCGGUAGCUUUCGCACCCAGGUUACUGAGGUGUUCCAUUUUUUCUGAGAUCUUCCAAUUGAGAAACGGUAAAAGUAGCAAGAAAAUGUGGAGUUUGGACGAGAGCAGUAGUUCCAAUAUCACUACUACGACUUCGAACUCCGAGGACAUGUCCCUGUCGUGCUUCUUUAACCCUCUUCAUGGCUGCUUGCUCCACGCGGACGGCCACGGGGAAGUGUGGACGGACUGGAACAGCACCUCCAAGUUCUUCCAGUAUGGCUGGAGGUGCACCACCAACGAGGACAUGUAUGCCAACAAGACCCUCUUGGGAAACUGGAACGAGGAGCGUUACGACAUCCAGAAAAGGAGGCAACUCAAACCUCUCCCUUCCCAGUACGCUCACUAUUUCGAGGCCACCUACGCGUCGGACUAUUCCAAGGAAAAGCCUCGCAGAUUAAGAAGGGUGACGCGAGAACCUCACUGGUUUCCCGGACACCAGCCUGAGCUGGAGCCCCCUCCGAUCAAGCCCACCGCCCGCUCGUGCUACAUGAUCGAUUACGAGCCUCCGCACGGCAGACCAACCUGCUCCUUGGUCGAAGUGAAGCCCAAGGAAGCAACGGAGACGCCGCCGAAGCAGUAGGCCGCUGCUCCAGGAUCCCCUGGGGCUGGAAAUCUCUGCCGGAGGGUCUCCUUGUCCCCCCCACCACCACCAAGAUUAGAAGCUCGGUUGAUGGGCAGCAGUUCCUAAAAUAAAAGAAAUUUCGCCCGCCAGGAGACUCCCCAUAAGUUCGCGUUUCCGUUCUGGUUCCUUCCUAGUUUUGUGUGUGACUCUCUUCGCAGUUCCACAUCCGGAUUAAACCCUCCCGUUCAGGACCGAGCCUUGGCUAAGGUUGUAGCUGGCCAUGAAGAUUCAAGGAAAAAGCUACCACCCCGUUUAUUUGUUACUAAAGAAGCUCGCGUGCCUAUCUUUGCACAGAGAAAUAAAUGAAGAAAAAUCGA